AUCAUAAUAUUUAACACACCCAACCUCAAUCUCACAUGCGAAGGACAGUGAUUGUCUUUUUCCUUGCUCACACGGCACACUGUAGUCUAUCUCCGAGAGAGAAACCCAAUCGGCACCUAUCCGAAUUAUUUGUUUGAUUCGUCUCGCUUUGGUUGUUUUGUAUUGCCUGUCUUUAUUCGGGAUUUGCUGUGAACAUUGCCAUUUAUUCUCAUCCUGGGUCGCUUACUGUACUUUGCCUGCUGCGCCUUUACACGUUGUUUUAUCGUUUCUAGUGGCAAAGGAGGAGUCUUUCGAAUAGUCUUCUUUUAAAAUUAUAUUUUGACAUAUAAGCGCUCUCUGCGCUUUUCCUAUCCCGGACUGGACCAAUGCGUAGCCCGUGCCCAGCGGAUCCACGACAGCUCCGUUUCUCACACAGCAGAGUUCACGCUCAAUGGCCGGACCGAUGUGCGCCAGCAGACCCUGCCAACAUACACCUCUGAUGGAUCAUUUAUCUACCGUUUUCGAGCUUCUUUCGGGACCCUUGCACUUCCUUUAUACCUUAUAUUGUGCGUAAAGCCUUGGGGUCGGAGCUGUAGAGCGAAAGCAAUUGAGAUAAUGCCGCUUUCCCAACUCGACCGUUGGUCUGAACCGAGUCGACCUGUUUUACCUGGGCGCAUGCGGAGAAUCCUCUCGUUCUGAAUCACAAAAGAAGCCUGCCGUCUGGAUUUCUAUGUGGUUGGGAAUAGACAAGUUGAACACUGAAACAUUUAGUCUACUCAAGACGGCAAGAAGUGAAGAUGGUUACGUGUUCAACGUGUAUUUCAUUAAAGUGGCAUCCAGCGUGAUAAACAUAAUCAGUGAUGUAGUGAGUCUGUUCAUAUGCGUGCUCAUCAUUUGCAGUAAAUACUCGCAACUGCUCAAACAGGGGACUAUGAAGAUGAUACUCUUCCGUAAAUUCCGGGUUUUGAUUCUCAUGGUGUUUCUAAUCGCCUGCUCGAUGCACAUCAUGAUAGACUUGUUACCAAAGCUGGAGAGGCGCAGCAACAGCGGCUGCUCCUGCUCGCACAAGCCGAGCGAGGACCCUCAGAACUGGGCUAAACACCGAGCCAGGUCGGGAGUGGAGUCCGGCUGGCCUAACAAACACACACUGAGAAUCCUUCAGGACUUCAGCAAUGAGCCAAACUCUAACAUCUCUUCCCAUUCUCUGGAGAAGAACCCCAAAGCGGGAAACAAAACGGAAGCCUUUAAACGGCUUGAACAUUAUGCACAAAAUGGUGACAAAAAGAGACGGUUCAUACAGGACACUGUGCGGGAGCAGGAGACGCCCCCUGACUUCUUCUACUUCUCGGACUUUGAGAGACACAAUGCUGAGAUCGCUGCCUUUCAUCUGGACAGAAUCCUGGACUUCCGUCGUGUCCCUCCUGUAGCUGGCAGACUGCUGAAUAUGACUAAAGAGAUCAAAGAUAUGACCAGGGACAAGAAGCUGUGGAAAACCUUCUUCAUAUCACCAGCCAACAACAUCUGUUUCUAUGGGGAGUGUUCGUACUACUGCUCUACGGAGCAUGCUCUGUGCGGUAAGCCGGACCAGAUCGAGGGUUCCCUGGCUGCCUUCCUCCCAGACCUGGCCUUGGCAAAACGUAAGACCUGGAGAAACCCCUGGAGACGAUCCUACCACAAACGCAAGAAAGCAGAGUGGGAGGUGGACCCUGACUACUGUGAAGAGGUGAAACAGACUCCGCCCUAUGACAGCGGCACCCGUCUGCUGGACAUCAUGGACAUGACCAUCUUUGACUUCCUCAUGGGCAACAUGGAUCGUCAUCACUAUGAGACGUUUGAGAAGUUUGGCAAUGAGAGCUUCAUAAUCCACCUGGACAACGGGAGAGGGUUUGGAAAGCAUUCCCAUGAUGAGGUGUCUAUCCUGGUGCCUUUAAGCCAAUGUUGCAGAGUGAAGAAGUCGACCCACCUGCGUCUGCAGCUGCUGGCCAAGGAGGAGUACCAGCUGAGCCGUCUGAUGGAGGAGUCCCUGCUGCGUGACCGCCUCCACCCCGUCCUCAUCCAGCCCCACCUGGAGGCUAUGGACAGACGCCUACGCCACACACUCAACGUCCUGGCAGACUGCAUCGAGAAGGAGGGCUAUAGUAAUGUUGUGGAGGAUGACCUGGCGGGGGAGAGGAAAGGGGCUCAGAUGCACACAUUACCCAGGGGGAGGUAGCUGGGAGGCCUGAACUGUUCUGGAAUGGACCAUACUGGAUUGGACCGAAUCGAACCGUACGGAACUAGAGUCGAUCAGACUGGACUGGAUUGAACUGGAUUGGACUGGACCAGAUUAAACCGGACUGAACCGGUUUUGACCACCAUCCACAUAGGCCCCUUAAAUAACAGUGUACACCUCCCAACCAAUCGAUCAUCUCCCACCACAGCACCACAGAUCAUGAAAGUCUUGUGAGAGCCGCUUGUCUUGUUCAGGAGACAUUUUUGAAUUCAGUGAAUUCCAAGACUAGUAUUAUUCCUUCUGCUGUCAACUGAAUAUUGUGUUUCUACACAUUGUUGGGACCUGUCACAGGUGUGCAAACGAUAUGCGUAUUGGAGAUCGAUUCUGUGUCUUAAUGAACAAUUUAUUGCAAAAUGUUUUAUAACUUCUGUUGCUCUUUUACAUUGUUGUUGAUGUGUUUUUUUUAAAUUAAUUUAAGAGAUAUUUCAUUGGAGGGUUUACUGCAAAAUGUGUCUUCUGCUUUUCAUCUUUCAAGUGCUUCCUGUCUAAUAUUUAUUGCAUUUCAUAUUACUUGUUUGAAAUAAAUGAGACCCACAUAAUUUUUCUAUCAAUAGGACUGGGGGCUCUAGUCAAUCUGUAUCGCUGAAGCUCCCGAGUGGUGCAGCGGUCUAAGGCACUGCAUCUCAGAGCUAGAGGCGUCACU